GGGCGCAUCCUGGGCCGACAUAUAAAGGCGAGCAGCUCGUCAGUCUGUGUCAGUCUCUCAGUCAUGAAGAUGUGGUGAAGAUGUGGCACCUCCUUCUGCUCCUCCACGUCGCUCUCAUUGAGCCCGUGACCUCACAGGGUACGUCUGCAGGUGGCAAAAAGCUGAUUCUACGCGACGGGGACACGCCGUGUGAAGGACACGUCGAAGUCUACUACAACAACGAAUGGGGCUUCGUCGGAGACAAGCUGUGGAGCAGGGAAACCGAACAAGUGGUGUGCAGGAGCACCCACUGUGGGGAGCCGGUCAGCUCAGAGAAUGUGUCGCGGCCCAAGGACAGCAAGGUCUGGCUGAACGAGCUUAAGUGCAACGGGACCGAGAAGAAUCUGUGGGAUUGCGUAAAUCCUGGUUGGGCUGUCAGUUAUUACCGGAAGCUGACGGUUAAAAAGAUUAAAUGUUCGAGUAAUAUCACAUUAGACCUGGAUGGAUUUGAUUGUGCCGGAGUCGUCAGGUACCUCAAGGAUGGAAAACCCCCUGGUCACUUUUGCAAAGACGGCUGGGGACCCAGUGAGUACAAUCUCUUGUGUGACAGCCUUGGAUGUGGUAAAGCUAAAACUGGAAGCGAUUCUUACCCGGGGUGGAUGGUCGGAAACGCACACCGGAAUUCCGCCAAGAUGAAGAUCAACUGCGGAGGCAUCACUGGCUUGAAGAAUGCGUGGCAGUGUGUAGAGUCAGAAUCACCAACGUCGUGCGAACCUGCUGCCACCGUCUGCGAAGCACAUAAGAGGCUGCAGACCAGAGGCAGUAGCUGUUCUGGACAGCUGGAAAAAGAACACAACAACCAGUGGGUACCGGUAUCCUCGAACACGACCAACCUUGAAGAGGCGUGCCGACUAAUGCACUGUGGUGGUUUAAACCGCUCGUCAUUUAACGAAACUCAGCACCUGGAAUGCACAGAUAAAGUUGAAGUAUUUCUGGGUGGUACAGAAGACAGAUGCUACGGUGAAGUUCAUAUCAAAGUGAACGAUACAGACAAGCCGGUGUGUGGCUCAACCUGGACUGUGAAUGAAGCUAAUGUGGUCUGCAGAGAGCUAGGAUGUGGGAAAGUGACUGGUUUUUCGACUAAAACUGGCAACAGGAAAUCAGGGUGGAUGGACUCCGUGAGGUGUUCAGGCAAUGAGGCCUCACUGUGGCACUGUCAAGGAAAACACCAAGAUUCUCAGUGUCAGAACAUUGCUUCUGUUAUCUGCUCAGGUAGUGUUACUAUGAGACUGACGGACGGCUUUUCAAGAUGCUCUGGGAGGUUGGAGGUGAAGCAUGAGAGCGAAUGGAAAAAGGUCAACUCAGCGCAAUGGUCCAAGGAGCGAUCAAAUAUUGUUUGUAAAGAGUUGGGCUGCGGGGAAGCGCUAGACAAAAGUGAAGAAUUCUGUAAGGGUUCUGGGAAAUUCCUGGAUAUAGCCUGCGCUGCAGGUGUAGCAAACAUAUCUGAGUGUAAUAUAACCAACACCCAACGUGACAAGGAUGUGGACCCAGUGAAAAUCACCUGUACGAAAAAUGAGGUUUACUUUCUGAAAGGGAAUAGAUCUUGUUUUGGUGAGGUGUGGAAGAGAGUCAACAACAAGGACACAAGGGUGUCCGUGCCCCUUGAGAAAUGGAGUAAAAACAAUGCAGACAGAUUUUGCAGGAAGGUGAACUGCGGAUCCGUGUUGAGCUAUACCCCAAACGUUGAUACGGUGGAGAAUCAGAAUGGAACUGACAACUGCUCAUCCACCGGAAACACAACAUGUGUCAACACAACGGCUCCACCCACAACUGUUGAUGUUGUUGUGACGUGUUCAGGACAAAUCGAAAUGAACCUGACCGAUACCUGUCGGGGACAAGUCGUCGUACUGAUGGGAACCGAUUCUGGAGCCGUGUGCAGCGACACCUGGACAGAUGAAAUGUCCAAAGCAUUGUGCAAACAUAAGACCUGCGGCGACCAAGUCUUAAAACCUCGCAGUCAGCGGAGAGCAGAAAAGAUUCUCGUUAAGAGUGUGCACACCAUGAAAGACCCCAAUGAUCUGAACUGGUACAACUACGUCAGCAACAAAGACGAUGAUAAGUCCUGCCUCGAAAAACCAGCCUAUGUUGUUUGCUCAGGCAGCGUCAAGCCCAGAUUUAGAACUUCCAGAGACAAAUGUUCUGGCAAUGUAGAGGUCUACUAUGACGGCGAGUGGCUCCCAGUGUGCAUGGGCGCUCUUAACGACUCUGACACUCAAAACGUCAUCUGUCGUGAGCUCGGAUGCGGCGUCGCUGUCAACCGUAUGCUUCCCUACUUUGGACAUGAACCGAAACAGGACGUCAUACAAUCCAUAAAGUGUCCUUCCAGUGGAGCUACUUCAUUAUCUGCAUGUGAAAUCACUUUUAAACGGGACACCUGCACACUCGGGGGCCUCCAGUGCUCAGAAUGGAGGACGGUGGCACUUGAAGGGGAAGGGUCCUGCCGCGGACAAGUGAUCGUUCACUCCGAGGGAAAGAGGAGUGGUGUUUCCACUGACGGAUGGACUAAAGGUGCGGGGCAGACGCUCUGCCAGGACAUGAACUGUGGCAAAUACAAGAAUUUUACGGGCCGGAUGAACAAAGCAGUAACUUUCUGGAACAGUACUUUCAACUGUACAGGCAAGAAAGACAGCAUCUGGGACUGCGAAUCUCAAAACAGCACAUCACAUAAGGAGAACCUCUUCAUUGAAUGUGAAGAUGGGCCCACUGUCACCCUUUCCAAAAAAUGUUAUGGGGAUGUGACGAUAAAUGACAAACCAGUGUGUGGGAAUCUCUGGAACACCGACUAUUCACACAUGGUUUGCCAAGAAAAGAGCUGCAGCAACGCGAUCGGUUUCGACGUUGAAAAUGCUUUAGGGACGAAACAUCAUGUCAGCUGUGAUGAGCACCAUUACAUCCUCGACCAAUGCAAGAGAGUGGAGGGAGAAUGCAACCAAAGGGUUACCAACGUUGUCUGCAUUGGAGCUGUCACGUUUAACACCUCAGAACGCUGUGGAGGUGAGAUUAGAAUGCAUUAUGGACGAAAUAGGGAAAAGGUGUGUUACGAAACCGACCUUUCGCCACAGAUGAAGGAAAAUCUGUGUCGACAGAUUGGCUGUGAUGGAUACAAUGGACAGGAACAGCGAAACAAUAAACGGAAUGCAGGUCCUAGGGACACCUUCAAAUGGAGCCUGUCGUGCUCCCAAGGCUGCAAUGAUGUCAAGUACUGCAUCAAGAAGGCCUCUUGUUAUGCUGGUGCUUUUUAUAAGAUCUACUGCAACGGCUAUGUGCCUCCAGUGAUUCCGGAUGAAGUUACACCAGUCUCCGCCGUGACUGUUGUCAUUGGAGUGGGACUUACUCUGCUCAUUUUGAUAAUCAUUGUUGUAUUUGUGCGUUUCUACAUGAUUAAGAGAUCCAGGAGGUCCAGAGUUGUCUCAAGAAUGCUGUCAGGGAAGGAAAUGGAGUUUGAAAGCGGCGAGUAUGAAGACGUCAUGGACAAAUCGGAUGAAAUGGAAGACUUUGUGGAGGACAGACGUGAAAGAUUCCGAUCAGAGGGUGAAUCUUUCAGGGGCCGCGACAGGCGCAGCAUCUCCUCCCUUAACUACGAUGACAUCGACGUGGAGAACGAGGGCCGACCCCUGAACGCCCGGGACGCCACAGACGCUGCGUGGGAAGUAGAGAACGUGCACGAAGACGGGGCGACCUACGAAGUCGACGACCCCCAAGAGAGUUACGAUGACAUCGAAGGCCCCCCUGAGACCACGGAGACUAAAGCUGAGGUACAUGACGAUCACAAAGCCACGCCUGAAGGCAACGCGGCGGCGGCGGCGGCAGCAGCGUCAGCAGCUCCAGAGCCGCCGCAGGGGGGCGGGGACUACCUGGUGCCGGGUCAAGAUGGGUGAGAGUCUCAAGCCCAUGUCUCCAAAUUCAUCCUGACCAAAUAUAGGAUCCCAAACAUUUUCUUGAGUGGUUAACCUCCUGAGACCCGAGCUUUCAUUUUGUUAUGUGCUGUUAAUUUCUCCAAGGAGCUGAGAAGUAUAAAAACUAAGCAGGACUUGUAAUCCCAACGUCCUCAAACGGGAACUUGCUAAUUAGUGACUGAAGCUUUUUACUACUGAUAGAAUUUCUUACAUUUACAUGCCAUAUCAAAGUAGAGACGUUAAUACACAUAAAUAGACAAGUUUCAACCAUUAAAAUAAAAUACCAGUACCCUGAUGUCAUGUUUUUACACCGACUAGUGUAUUGACCGUUUGCUACCACUAGAUGGCAGAUAAACACGUCCACUUACGAGGACAACCGGUCUGAAGAUAUUGCAACGUGGGUCUGAAAAUUUUUGGUUGAUUAGACUUUUUUUUUUUAAAUACAUUUUUUUAUUUUUUUUUGUUUCCCCCACAAAUUUAAAUUUCUUUAAAUACACAUAAACAUGAAUCCAACAUUUUAGUAACGGGAUAAGGGAUAGCUUAGUAAUGAGUGCAAAAAUGAUGAUAACUACUUAAUCUCUCCAUCAGUUCGGGAAUAAGAAGCUACCACAACCUGUCCCCAUAAGAGGACGCAGGGUCUCAGGAGGUUAAACCUAUAAAUGAUGCAUAAAAAAAUUAAAAUAACUCAAUAAAACCCUGGAUGAAGCUAACUGAACCAUAUUGUUGUAGGUUCCAGUUAUGUAACAUAACUCUUCAGUUUAAAUAUAAUCAGAUGAAGAAUAUGAACAUUUUCUUAAUAGAGAGGCAGUUUCAGUCCCAUCUAUACAUAUAUAUAUAUAUAUACAUACAUCUAUAUAUCUCAUAUCUUUAUUCCCUUUUUAUUUUUGAUGUUGCCAUGUAAUGAAACAGUACUUUUGUUUAAGAUGUUAACAUGUGAGCUUUUGUCAUUUCUGCAAGCCGAAUAUUUCUGCAACAGUUUCUUAAUAAUCUCUACAAGUUACUACUUCAGUCUGCAGAAGUUAAGUCGGAUGCAGCUCAAGUCAAACUUCACAUGUAUGUUUUUAGGUUUGAAGGCUUUGCGAGAAUGUGUGCCGUUAAAAAUGAAGCUGUCGCGUUACUGUUUUUACCAUGUUUCAUCCCGAGCUAAGCUAAACGUUAUCGAGUGUUACCGACCUUCUUGUCAAACUUUUGCAGGACAACAAGCCGAGCGUUCUUCCCCGAGUGUUGAACUGUUGCUGUAAAUGUAAAAACUUUAAAACAUAAAUAUAAUGAUUACAGUUUGC